CUGUGUGUCUAAAAAUAUGACCCAACUCGUUGGCCUGGAUAACAUUUUGGGGCUUAACUUUGGUGUAUAAAAUCCUGUCAGGAGCACUCAAACAACAAGUGAUAUACAACUACUUGAUCGAGUUGGAAAAAAUGGCUGAAGUUGUGGAUAAUCGUAAGCAGAGAAAAAUCAUGGUGGCGGUAGACGAGAGCGAGGAAAGCAUGUAUGCGCUCUCUUGGGCUCUCGAUUUCCUCUGUGUUGGUAACGUUCAGACAAAAGACACCCUUAUUCUUCUCCAUGCUCAACCCCUUCCCAGGGUUUACACUGCUACAGAUGCCACAGGAUACCUAUUCACAUCUGAUAUUAUGCAGUCCAUGGUGAGCUACCAGAAAAGCAUCACUGAAAGCGUAUUAGAGAAGGCCAAACGCAUUUGUACUGGAAAAAAUGUGUGUGUGGAAACUAGAGUGGGUGUCGGGGAUGCGAGGGAUGUUACAUGUGAGGAAGUAGACAAGGUUGAACCAGACUUGUUGGUGCUUGGAAGCCAUGGCUAUGGUGCUAUAAAGAGGGCGUUUUUGGGGAGUGUAAGCGAUUACUGUGCACACAACGCAAAGUGCCCAGUUCUAAUUGUGAAGUCUCCCAAGAAAUGAGAAAGAGAGUUUUUAAUACCAAGGCUAUGCAGUAUUAGGGUUGGACCCUACUGUCACUUUUUAAAUCAAAUUUGUGUUUUGUUUUCUAUAGGAAAUUGGGAUUUUACUUUAAACAGUCUCUCUUAUCAGGGCUGUUUAUUCUUUUGUAAAUUUGUAUUGUUUGAUAUAUGUAAAGUUCAUGGAUUUUUCCUAA